AAGCAGUCAGAGCACAAGAGACAAGACACACAGGACAGCCAUCUGGUAGAUCCACAUGUUUUUUACUCUUCACUGAUUUCUCUUCUAACAUCAUGGACAUGUCAAACACAUUGAGAAUUGUCAUCUUGGGGAAAACUGGAGCUGGAAAAAGCAGCCUGGCUAACACCAUAUUUGGAGAGAAACUGUUCAGGGUCGACCACACUGUCAACUCUGGAACAAGAGAAUGUCGAGCAGAAACCAAAUCUGUCAAUGGAAGAAGCAUCACUUUGAUCGACACUCCUGGUUUCUUUGACACAUAUAGAUCUGAGGAGGAGCUGAAGCCUGAAAUAGUGAGGUGCAUCACGGAGUGCGCUCCUGGGCCUCAUGUUUUUCUCAUUGUGCUUAAAGUGGAAAAAGUCACUGAGCAGGAGCAGGCUGUAAUCAAUAAAAUACACCAAUACUUUUCUGAAGAAGUCUUCAAAUAUGCAACAGUUGUCUUUACUCAUGGUGACCAGCUUUUUGAAGGACAGACAAUUGAGGAUUUUGUCCGCCAAAAUAAGUUAACGAGUGAUCUGGUGAAUAAGUGUGGAGGCCGCUGCCAUGUUGUUGAUAAUAAAUACUGGGCGAAAAACCAGCAGGAUGAAUACAGGACCAACCAGUUCCAGGUGGAGGAGCUACUUAAAAGAAUAGACAAGACAUUGCUGGCAAACAACAGAAGCUGCUACACCAAUGAGAUGCUACAAGCAGUGGAGAAAGAAAUACAAAAAGAGAAGGAGCGCAUUAGACAGUCAUCAGGAAACAUGUCAGAAGAAGAGAUCAGAGAGCAGGCUAAGGGCAGAGUAUCUAAGAGGCUUUCGACCAAACUGGCAGGUAUUGCAACAGGUGUAUUGGUCGGAGCUCUUCUUGGUGUAGUAUUGAGUGGAGUUGUAUCUUCAGUGCCAUUAACCGUAUUUGGCGCAGUUGUGGCUGCGGGAGCUGCGAUAAAAUGUUUUACAAAGUACUUUAAAGCUGAGGGAGAAGACACACCUGAGGAAGCAGCAAAGAUGGAAGCAGUGGCUGUCAAGUAUGAAGCACAAUCUGUCUUAGUUGAGGGAGAUUAUGUUUUGUAUAAAUGGGUAUCAACAAUAAGGAUCGUGGUCUUGGGGAAAACUGGAGCUGGGAAAAGCAGCCUCGCCAACACCAUAUUUGGAGAAACUGUGUUCAAGAUAGACGAUUCACCCAAUUCUGGAACAAGUGAAUGUAAAUUAGAAACCAAAUGCGUCAAUGAGAGAAGCAUUACAUGGAUCGACACCCCUGGGUUUUUUGACACAGAAAAGUCUGAGGAAAAGAUCAAGCCUGAGAUAGAGAGGUGUAUCACAGAGUGCGCUCCUGGGCCUCAUGCUUUUCUCAUUGUGCUUAAAGUGGAGAAAUUUACAGAGCACGAGAAGGACGUCAUCAAAAAACUGCAACAAUGUUUCUCUGAAGAAGCUUUAAAAUAUUCCAUAGUUCUCUUUACCCAUGGUGACCAGCUCUCCGAGACAAUGAGGAUCGAGCAGUGGGUCGAUAAGAAUGCAGAUCUGAGUGAUCUGGUGAAGAGGUGCGGGAGCCGCUGCCACGUCAUUGAUAAUAAAUACUGGAAGAACAACCAGCAGGAUGAAUACAGGAGCAACCAGUUCCAGGCGACAGAGAUACUGAAGACAAUAGAUAAGAUGAUUGAGGCAAACCAAGGAAGCUACUACACCAAUGAGAUGCUACAAGCAUGUGAGAGACGAAUACAACAAGAGGAAGAGCACAUUAGAGAGUCCUCUGCAAACAUGUCGCAGGAAGAGAUCAGAGCGCAGGCUAAAAGCAGAGCUCAGAAGCAUCUGUUCAUAGUGAUGGCAGGUGUUACAACAGCAGCAUUGUUGGGUGUUUACCUUGGUGAGAAAUUAAUUAAAGAUGAAAAACUAAGACUAAAAGUAGCAUUAUUUGCAGGGAGAGCAGCAAUAACAGCAGCAGCAGAUGCAGUAUAG